AUGAUCGAACAGACAGCAGCCCAGAUCGACGCCUUGGUCACCCGCGACAUGAUUUGGCUCUCCGACUCCAGCCUCCCCCAGCCAAGGGUCUACUGCCCUACUGUGGCUGAGAUCAGGGAGACAUGCCGAAGAUCAAGGGAGCUUCUUCGUGUCAAGUGGGACUUCCCUGCCUCCCCCCCUCCAGCUGCCAUUGUCGACAACGACGAUGAUUAUCCUAGCAGCGAUGGUGGGGACGAGAGUCUCGUGCCUGACGCCAACUCGUCAGUUGAGGACUUGUCUUCUUCGGAGGAUGAGUCCGAUGAUGACGAUGUUCUUCCCCGUCGCGUGGCGUGGAAGAGCCCUGCGCUUCCUAGGAUAGGAACCGUGGGUGCUGGUAAGGGUAAGGGGCCCUCUUCGGUUGGUAUCGCCCUCGCCGGUACCGCCGAAUGGCAGCAGGAGGUCAUCGAGGACGACGAUGAGGAGGAGAAGAAGGACGACGACGAAGACGACGAAGACGACGACGACUAUGCUCCUGCCCGCCCUUCUCGCCGGGCGGCAGGCAAGCAACCUGCAAGGAUCUCGGCCGCACCAGCUCCCACCAUCUCCUCUCGCAAGGCAAGUUCCUGGUCCGAUGCAGAGGACCAGGCUUGCAUCAAGCUCAUGAGGGAGAUCUGCACGGAGAAGAGACACGCCGCCAUUGCUAGCACGGAGAAGCGCUUCGAGGUGGUCGCCGAUCGCAUGAAGCAGGACCACGGCUUCAACCGCACCGCUUCUGGUGUGAAGCUUCAGUGGAACCGCAGAUUGCGGGCCAUCUCGGGGUUCGAGGACCGUGGAGAGAAGAAGCACUCUGGCUCUGGACUCACGACCUCUUCGCUCGCCAAGGGCACCAAAAGUGGCACCCUCGCUGCCACCUCUUUGGUCGCCAGCACCGCAUCCAAAGGCAAGACGGUUUCUGCUUCGCCUGCUCAGUCCAGUGGGACAUCAAUAUCUUCUGUCCGCCAGGGCAAGAGAAAGGCUCGUUUUGUCGACAGCGAAGACGAGGAGGACGACUUCGUUCCUGCAGCAAGACCCUCCAAGCGUUAUCGCAGCUCUUCGGUCAUUCCUUCAACUCAAGACAAGGCCUUUUACGACGUCUCGAGCGAAAACAUCAUCACAACACCAAGAUCAUCUCGUCCCAAGCGCAAUGCCACUAUCGAAGCCUCGGACGAUGAGGAGAUCACCAUGAGACCAUCUCGCAAGCAGCACUCAAAUACCACUGCACCUGCCAGAUCAUCACGUUCAAAGAGAGCUACUAUCAUCGAAGACGACGACGACGAAGAAGAAGUUACAGCAGGACCCAGAGCAUCAGCCAGAUCAAGCCACCAUAAACGCAGAUUCACCGACAUCAACGAUGAAGACGAAGAGCAAACCUCAUCAGCACCUGGACCCAAGCGACACAAGAUGUCCGAUUUCAGCGCAACGGCCAGAUACAGCAUCAAGGACGGUCGCCUACUCACAAGAAAGGACACAGCUUAUUGGAACAGCAAACAGCAUAUCAUUCGUCGUGUCGAUGACGUCCCAGCACCUGCUCCAGAACCUGCUCCAGAACCUGCUCCAGAAUCUACGAAUAUCGGCAAGGCAUACUGGUUCGGGGUGCUUCGCAGACGUCAAGAGGCAAACGCCAGGCUCAGAGAGGAAAACGCACGCAACCAGGAAGACGACUCUGAAGACGAUGAGGAGCCUGUCGUCAGCACAGCAGACAAGGCAAAGAAGAACCGCGAACUUCUCAGAAACAAGUCAUCUUCGGCAGCCAAAGCUUCUGCCCGCCAUUACUCUCCUCAGCUCUCUGAUAUCGCCGAGCAAUCCGAGAACAGUGUCAAUGAAGAGCCAACCGAGAACAACGUCAAUGAAGAGCCAACCGAGAACAAUGACGAUGAAGACAGUGACUACGCUGGUGAUGCUGAGGAUCAAGAGCACGACGCUGCUGCCGAAGAUCAAGAAGACGCCUCUGCUGCUCAGCUCGCUGCCGAUGAAGAGCUCGCCAGAAAACUGCAAGUUGAAAUCAAUGGCACAGCACGUCCUCGUCGUGGCCGCGGUUUCAACUGA